AGACGGACAAGGAAGAAAAUCAAAGAGCAGCUUGGUCUCUGCCAGUGUUUCCUCGACACAUGAAGGUGGAAAGAGUCUGGAAGUCGACCUGAAGAGUUCAGCAGUUUUCUUUCAGUUUGACAAAACUUUCUGAUUUUAGCAGGAAGCCACGAUGACAGCAGUGGACCUUUUCAACACUUUGGAGGAUUUAAAAGAAGAGGAAUUUAAGAAAUUCAAAUGGCAUCUGCAGCAGCAAGACAUCCUGGAAGGCUACCAAAGCAUCAAAGUGGCCAAGUUGGAGAAAGCAGAAAGGCAGGACACGGUGGACGUGAUGGUGAAUACCUAUCAACUUCAAGGAGCUCUGAAGGUGACCAAGAAGGUUUUAGAGCUGAUCAACAGGAAUGAUCUGGUGCAGAGUCUGCCAGACACCAGCUCAGGACCACAAGUUUGUGUAGUUCUGGCUGCUGCCAGCAAUGUGCCAUCUGAAGAAGAAGUGUCCAAACCAGGAGAAGUUCCCUGUGACGUCCCUGUGGAGAACCUGGAACGCAGGAUGUGUACGGAGCACGAUAAACCUCUGGAGCUGUUCUGUAAGACCGACCAGACAUGUGUCUGCAUGCUCUGCACUGUUUUAGACCACAAGACGCAUGAUGUUGUUCCUCUGAAAGAAGGAUAUCAAGGAAAUAAGGUAGAGCUGGGGAAGACAAGGGCUGAAAUUCAGCAGAUGAUCCAGCAGAGACGACUGAAGAUUCAGGAGGUCAAACACUCAGUUGACUUUAGUAGGAUACAUGCAGACAGAGAGAUAGCAGAAGGUGUUCAGGUCUUCACUUCUCUGAAGGAGUCUGUUGAGAGAGGCCUGAAUGAACUCAUCAACACGAUCAAAGAGAAGCAGAAAACAACAGAAAAACAGGCCGAAGCUUUCAUCAAAGAGCUGGAACAGGAAAUCUCUGAGCUGAUGAAGAGAAGCACUGAGGUGGUGCAGGUGUUACGCUCUGAAGACCACCUCCAUCUUCUCCAGAGUGUCCAGUCCCUAAACAUCCAACAACCUCCACCCACCAAGGACUGGACAGAGGUCAGCAUCCGUCCAUCAUCAUAUGAGGGGACUGUGGUGAAAGCUGUGAUUCUGCUGGAGGAGACACUCAGUGAAGAGAUGAAGAAACUGCUUGAAGCCGAGCUGAAGAGGGUCCAGCAGUAUGCAGUGGAUGUGACUCUUGAUCCUGAUACAGCACAUCCUAAUCUCUUCCUGUCUGAUGAUAGGAAACAAGUGAAUGAUCGUGAUUUACUAUCUCUGCUACUCAGGAAGAAACUCCCAGACAACCCAGAGAGAUUUUCUAAGUGUGCUUGUGUUUUAGGAAAACAGAGUUUCUCUUCAGGCAGAUUUUACUUUGAGGUUCAAGUUAAAGGAAAGACUGACUGGGAUUUAGGAGUGGUCAGAGAGUCGAUCAAGAGGAAGAGAGUCCUCAAACUGAGCCCUCAGUAUGGUUUCUGGACGAUAUGGUUUAGAAAUGGAAAUGAGUACUACGCUGCUGGAGUCCUUCUCUCUCUGAAGUCUCCUCCUCAGAAGGUGGGGGUGUUUGUGGAUUAUGAGGAGGGUCUGGUCUCCUUUUAUGAUGUAGAUGCUGUAGCUCAUAUCUGCUCCUUUACUGGCUGCUCCUUCACUGAGAAACUCUUCCCAUUCUUCAGUCCCUGUGACAAUGACGAUGGUAAAAACUCUGCCCCUCUGAUCAUCUCUCCUGUCAGAGUAAUCUAAUCACUGAUCUCAUUUCAGGUAUUUAAGAAUUUUCAGAAUUUAUUUAUUUUCAAUUAAGGGAACAAAUGUACAUAUUCAUAUAUUUUACAUCUUAUUUUCUACAGAAUCUGUUUCCUGUGGUGACUGAUUUACACUUUACUACAUUUAUCAUCAUAUGAUUAAAUGUGCAGCAAUUAUUUGCAAAUUGAAUCAAACUUCAUCUUGACAUAUUUGGUGUCUUUAGAGACUGAUUUCUUCUGGAAGUUAUAAUAAAUGUCUGUGGGUUUAACAGAGGUUUAAAUGGAUACCGUCCACAUAAUUAAUGUGUUGAUGAAUUAUGACUAGAAACAAAGCAAUUACAGAUAUCCACAAAUGUUUGUUUUAAAAUUAAAUUAAAGGUAAAGUGCAAAUCUGAGGGGACAAUUAGGAUCUAACAGGUAUGUGGGGUAAAUUGGUUGUCUGAUGUUUUUAUUUUUUAUAUUCCUCAAUAAUGAGACAGGAAAGAAAAAAAAAAGUCUUAAAACUAAACAUACAGCUAAAUGUAGCAGCUUUAUUCAAACAGGAAGCUACACUUUUCCUUUAUUAAUGACACUUGUCAGAUGGAUAACUCACUUCAAGGUAUAACAUGUAACAUUUUCACAUUAAAAUGUCUAAAAAGACUAGACCUAUGUAAUAUAUUUUCUUGAGCUGUGUAUUUAUAUUAUCCCAAAGGUAGCAAAAAAUGUUUAAGGUAAUGGCAGGGAGGCUAAAAUAGAGAAGUCAUGGCGUCAUAUUAUUGGUGUACACAACAUAUGCCAUUAAUAUAUUGUCUGGCCAUAGAAGGGAAGUUUUAGGGGGUCGGCUACACACUGACCUGUCAAUCAGGACAGAGGCUUAGCAAUGGUAACCAUGCUAACACUGUGGACAUAAAAGAGACUGGCUCUUGUUUUAGCGUGUUGUCUGUGUUUUUAUUUUAAACUUUGACCCUCUCUCUGUGUGUUUUCACUUCAUCAAAGUAAAUUGGAACAUUAACUUGUUUGUGACUCCUUGAACAUUAUUUCUGCCUGAGUCACGUAGUGUGGGUUAUCGCCUAAGAUCCCUCACUACUUCAACAUCAGUCUGUCUUUUGUUAUUGAUUUGAUUGAGAGACCCUGAGCAAUAGAAAUAUCAUACUGUCGGCUUAAGUGUUUAAGUUUGUCAAAAUUACAGUAAUCAUACUUUCAUCAUUUUUAUUCAUAUGACAAUUAUGUGUGUAAUAACAUUUAACUGUGACAAUGAUGAUGGUACAAACUCUGCUCCUCUGAUCAUCUCUCCUGUCAGAGUAAACUAGGGAACAAAUGUACAUAUUCAUAUAUUUUACAUCUUAUUUUCUACAGAAUCUGUUUCCUGUGGUGACUGAUUUACACUUUAUUCCAUUUAUUAUCAUAUGGUUAAAUAUGCAGUAAUUCUUGGCAAAUUGAAUCAAACUUCAUCUUGUCAUAUUGUCUUUAGAAAAGAGAUUUCUUCUGGAAGUUAUAAUAAAUGUCUUUGGGUUUAACAGAGGUUUAAAUAGAUAUCGUCCACAUAACGUGUUUCAUGAUGCAUCAAAUUAUUAUGUUGAUGAAUUAUGACUAGAAACUAAGCAAUUGUAGAUAUCCACAAAUGGAGAACAUAAAUGUUGGUGUUUUUUUGUCAUUUUAAAUAUCUAAAAUUAAAGGUAAGUGCAAAUCUUAUGGGACAAUCAGGAUGUAAGAGGUGUAUGGUGUAAAUUGGUUGUCUGAUGUUUUUAUUUGUUAUAUUCCUCAUUAAUGAGACAGGAAAGAAAAAGUCUGAAUUAUUGUGGCAUAAUUGCAGAAAUAAAGUUUGU